AGUGAGUGAGUGUGGCGGCGUGUGAUGUCUCAGUAGUGUUGUCUAGGAAGGCAGCACACUAGGUUUUGAGACGCAGCCGCAGACAUUUAAACAUCAAACAGGCCGCUCCGGUGCGGGACAGCGAGUCAUUAUAGAAGAAAACAAACAUCCACUGAUUAUUAAAACCAUCCCUCCCUCCGGUAACCGGUCAGUCGCUGCCGGUGGGGUUAGUAUGGACGGAGGCUGGACGGGUGUCGUCGGGGGGCGUCGGUGAAGCAGGAAAAACACCCGAAACGAACAGACGGAGGCCGAGAGAGAGCUCCGCGGACAGACGCCCGGUGUUCGGUAAUACGAUGGUCUCUGCGGCCCGGCCUGAGCUCCAGGUGCUUCGAUCUCGCUCCCUCAGCUGCCGGAAACGCCCUGCUUCUCUAGAUUCUCGCCCGGCUCCCGCCACAUAAACAGACAAGAUUGCAAAGAUCUGCCCCGCAUCGAGCAUGACGGCCACCACCCGCGGCUCGCCCGUGGGGGGCAACGAUAGCCAAGCGCCAGAUGCCCAGAACCAGACCCAGACCCUGCUGCCCCAGAACCAGACGCCCUCACCAAACUCCUCCAAUGAGACGUCUCCCAUCAGUCCACCAGAGGAAGCAGGGCAGGGAGAAGCCCCACCCACACAGGAAGAGGAGGAGCCUGCCUUCCCCCACACAGACCUGGCCAAGCUGGACGACAUGAUCAACCGGCCGCGCUGGGUGGUUCCGGUCCUGCCCAAAGGAGAGCUGGAGGUUCUGCUGGAAGCUGCUGUAGAUCUCAGUAAAAAAGGGCUCGACGUGAGGUGCGAGGCGUGUCAGAGGUUUUUCCAUGACGGCCUGACGAUCUCAUUCACCAAAAUCCUGAUGGAUGAGGCCGUGAGCGGCUGGAAGUUUGAGAUCCACAGGUGCAUCAUCAGUAACACCCAGCGUCUGGUGGAGCUCUGCGUGGUCAAGCUGGCUCAGGAUUGGUUCCCUCUGCUGGAACUGCUGGCCAUGGCCACCAACCCGCACUGCAAGUUCCACAUUUACAACGGCACGCGUCCGUCCGAGAGCGUUCCUGCGGGAGUGCAGCUCGCCGACGAUGAGCUGUUCGCCCGGCCGCCCGACCCACGCUCUCCUAAGGGUUGGCUGGUGGACCUCAUCAAUAAGUUCGGGACGUUGAGCGGGUUCCAGAUUCUUCACGAUCGCUUCACGAGUGGCCAGGCUCUCAACGUGCAGAUCAUCGCAGCUCUCAUCAAACCUUUCGGCCAGUGCUACGAGUUCUUGACUUUGCACACAGUGAAGAAGUUUUUCUUGCCCGUAAUUGAGAUGGUCCCACAGUUUCUGGAGAACCUCACAGACGAGGAGCUGAAGAAGGAGGCCAAGAACGAGGCCAAGAAUGAUGCUCUGUCCAUGAUCAUAAAGUCCUUGAAGAACCUGGCGUCCAGAGUUCCGGGUCAAGAGGAAACCGUCAAGAACCUGGAAAUCUUCAGGUUAAAAAUGAUCCUUCAGUUGUUGCAGAUUUCCUCAUUUAAUGGGAAAAUGAAUGCACUGAAUGAAGUGAACAAGGUGAUCUCGAGCGUGUCGUAUUACACGCACCGGCACGGAAACCCAGAGGAGGAGGAGUGGCUGACCGCAGAGCGAAUGGCUGAAUGGAUUCAGCAGAACAACAUUCUGUCCAUCGUGCUGAGAGACAGUCUGCAUCAGCCGCAGUACGUGGAGAAGCUGGAGAAGAUCCUGCGCUUCGUCAUUAAGGAGAAAGCUCUGACCCUGCAGGACCUGGACAACAUCUGGGCGGCUCAGGCUGGUAAACACGAAGCGAUCGUCAAGAACGUCCACGAUCUGUUGGCCAAGCUAGCGUGGGAUUUUUCCCCGGAGCAGCUCGAUCACCUGUUCGACUGCUUCAAGGCCAGUUGGACGAACGCUGGUAAGAAGCAGCGGGAGAAGCUUCUGGAGUUGAUCCGCAGGCUGGCGGAGGACGAUAAGGACGGAGUGAUGGCUCACAAAGUGCUCAACCUGCUGUGGAACCUGGCACACAGUGAUGACGUCCCCGUCGACAUCAUGGACCAGGCUUUGAGCGCCCACAUCAAGAUCCUGGACUACAGCUGCUCGCAGGACCGCGACACGCAGAAGAUGCAGUGGAUCGACCGCUUCAUCGAGGAGCUCCGGACGAAUGAUAAGUGGGUGAUUCCAGCUCUGAAGCAGAUCAGGGAGAUCUGCAGCUUGUUUGGAGAAGCUCCUCAGAACCUCAGUCAGACGCAGAGGAGUCCGCACGUCUUCUACCGUCACGAUCUGAUCAACCAGCUCCAGCACAAUCACGCGCUCGUCACGCUGGUGGCCGAGAACCUGUCUGCGUACAUGGACAACAUGAGGCAGUUCUCCAGAGAGCAUACAGGGUUUGAUCCUCAGACGGUUCGAGCGGGAAGCCGGUACAGCCACGUACAGGAAGUGCAAGAGAGACUCAAUUUCCUGAGGUUUCUGCUGAAGGAUGGGCAGCUGUGGCUUUGCGCUCCGCAGGCCAAGCAGAUCUGGAAGUGUCUGGCGGAGAACGCCGUGUUUCUGUGCGACCGCGAGGCCUGCUUUAAGUGGUACUCCAAGCUCAUGGGUGACGAGCCGGAUCUGGACCCCGACAUCAACAAGGACUUUUUUGAGAGCAACGUGCUGCAGCUGGACCCCACGCUGCUCACGGAGAACGGCAUGAAGUGCUUCGAGCGCUUCUUCAAAGCUGUGAACUGCAGAGAGGGCAAGCUGGUGGCCAAACGCAGGGCGUACAUGAUGGACGACCUGGAGCUGAUCGGGCUCGACUACCUCUGGAGGCUCGUGAUUCAAGGCAGUGAUGACAUCGCCACUCGAGCCAUAGACCUGCUGAAGGAAAUAUACACCAACCUCGGACCAAAGCUACAGGUGAAUCAGGUCGAGAUCCAUGAGGACUUCAUCCAGUCGUGCUUCGACCGGCUCAAGGCUUCGUACGACACGCUGUGUGUGCUGGACGGAGAUAAGGACAGCAUUAACUGCGCCAGACAGGAGGCCAUACGCAUGGUGCGCGUUCUGACGGUGCUCCGAGAGUACAUCACCGAGUGUGACAGCGACUACCACGAGGAGAGGACCAUCCUGCCCAUGUCCAGGGCGUUCCGUGGGAAGCACAUCACUCUGGUGGUGAGGUUUCCCAAUCAGGGCCGUCAGGUGGAGGACUUGGACAUCUGGUCCCACACCAACGACACCAUCGGCUCGGUCCGCCGCUGCAUCCUCUCUCGCAUCAAAGCCAACAGCACACACACUAAAGUAGAGCUGUUCAUCGGAGGAGAGAUCGUGGACCCCGCUGAGGACCGCCGGCUGAUUGGACAGCUCAACCUCAAAGAUAAAACUCUCAUCACAGCGAAGCUCACGCAGGUCAGCACCAACAUGCCCUCCAGCCCCGACAGCUCGUCCGACUCGUCCACCGGCUCGCCCGGGAACCACACAAACCAGUACAGCGACGGGCCGAACCCCGAGGUGGAGAGCUGCCUGCCAGGAGUGAUCAUGUCGCUGCAUCUGCGCUACAUCUCCUUCUUGUGGCAGAUCGCUGAUCUGGGCUGCACCCUGAGCAUGCCGUUACUGCGAGACGGAGCUCGAGUGCUCAUGAAGCUCAUGCCUCCAGAUAACACUACAGUGGAGAACCUGCGAGCGAUCUGUUUGGAUCACGCUAAGCUGGGAGAGAACAGUCUGAGUCCCACUCUGGAUUCACGCUUCUUUGGCCCGUCUGCUUCACAAGUGCUCUACCUCACCGAGGUGGUGUAUGCGCUGCUGAUGCCAGCCAGUGGAACGCUGGGAGACGACGCCAGUGGCUUCCAGUGCAACCUCCUGAAGAGCGGCGGUCUGCCUCUGGCGCUGGGCAUGCUCACCAGGAACAACUUCCUUCCCAGUGCGGACAUGGAGACGAGACGCGGCGCCUACCUGAACGCCCUGAAGAUCAGCAAGCUCCUGCUGACCGGCGUGUACUUGGUUAUAUUUCUUCACGGUGAUGUGACUGUGUUUGUGCUCCAGAUAAAUCAGGCGACCCAUGAGCAGGCUCUGGUGCUGCAGAACGCUCUCCAGAGCAUUCCCAAUCCCGCCUCCGAGUGCAUGCUGCGCAGCGUGUCCCUCCGGCUGGCCCAGCAGAUCUCCGACGAGAACUUCUUCCAGGCCUCAAAGUACAUCCCGGAUAUCUGUGUGAUCCGCGCCGUGCAGAAGAUCGUCUGGGCUUCCGGUUGUGGGAUGGUGCAUCUGGUCUUCAGCUCGAACGAAGAGAUCAGCCAGAUCUACGAGAAGACUAACGCAGGUAACGAGCCGGACGCUGAAGACGAGCAGGUGUGCUGUGAGGCGCUGGAGGUCAUGACCUUGUGUUUCGCUCUGCUCCCUACGGCCCUCGACACGCUCAGCAAAGAGAAAGCCUGGCAGACCUUCAUCAUCGACCUGCUGCUGCACUGCCAGAGCAAAGCGGUGCGUCAGAUGGCACAGGAGCAGUUCUUCCUCAUGGCCACCAGGUGCUGUAUGGGACACAGACCCCUCCUGUUCUUCAUCACCCUCCUCUUCACUGUUCUGGGAAGUACGGCGAAGGAAAGAGCGAAGCACGCUGGCGAUUACUUCACGCUCUUGCGCCACUUACUCAACUACGCCUACAACAGCAACAUAAACCUUCCCAACGCAGAGGUGCUGCUGAACAACGAGAUCGACUGGCUCAAGAGGAUCCGGGAUGAGGUGAAGAGGAGCGGAGAGACGGGUGUGGAAGAGACCAUUCUAGAGGGUCAUCUGGGGGUCACCAAAGAGCUGCUGGCCUUUCAGACCCCGGAGAAAAAGUUCUACAUUGGCUGUGAGAAAGGAGGCGCUAAUCUGAUUAAGGAGCUGACCGAUGACUUCAUCUUCCCGGCGUCUAACGUGUUUCUGCAGUUCGUGAAGAGCGGCGAGUUCCCGGCGGAGCAGGCUAUACCGGUGUGCAGCAGUCCUGCGUCUAUAAACGCCGGCUUCGAGCUGCUGGUGGCGCUCUCUGUCGGCUGCGUGCGGAACCUCAAGCAGAUCGUCAACACGCUCACAGACAUGUACUAUCUAGGUUGCGAGGCGCUUACAGAGUGGGAGUAUCUGCCUCCGGUGGGGCCGCGGCCAACCAAAGGCUUCGUGGGUCUGAAGAACGCAGGAGCCACGUGCUACAUGAACUCCGUGAUCCAGCAGCUUUACAUGAUCCCGCCCAUCCGCAACGCCAUCCUGGCCAUCGAAGGCACCGGCAGCGACAUCGACGACGACGACACAUCCGGAGACGAAAAGCAGGACAACGAGAGUAAUGUGGACCCCAGGGAUGAUGUGUUCAGUUAUCAUCAGCAGUUUGAUGACAAGCCCUCUCUCAAUAAGGCCGAGGACCGUCAGGAGUACAACAUCGGAGUGCUGCGGCGUCUGCAGGUCAUCUUCGGUCACCUCGCCGCGUCCCGUCUGCAGUACUACGUGCCCAGAGGCUUCUGGAAGCAGUUCAGGUUGUGGGGGGAGCCGGUGAAUCUGAGAGAGCAGCACGACGCGCUGGAGUUCUUCAAUUCCCUGGUGGACAGCCUGGAUGAAGCGCUGAAAGCCCUCGGCCACCCCAGCAUGCUCAGCAGGAUCUUGGGCGGCUCGUUUGCAGACCAGAAGAUCUGUCAGGGUUGUCCUCACAGGUAUGAGUGUGAGGAGUCCUUCACAACACUGAAUGUAGACAUCAGGAACCACCAAAACCUCCUUGACUCUUUAGAACAGUACGUCAAGGGGGAUCUCCUCGAAGGAGCCAAUGCGUACCACUGUGAGAAGUGCAACAAAAAGGUGGACACGGUGAAGCGUCUCCUUAUAAAGAAGCUCCCGCCGGUGUUAGCCAUCCAGCUGAAGCGCUUCGAUUACGACUGGGAGCGCGAGUGUGCGAUUAAGUUCAACGAUUACUUCGAGUUCCCUCGUGAGCUGGACAUGGAGCCCUACACGGUGGCAGGCGUGGCGAAGCUGGAGGGUGACGAGGUUCCGCCGGAGAGCCAGGUCAUCGCUGAGAACUCUGAUCCGAACAGCAGCUCCCGCUAUCGGCUCGUGGGUGUGCUGGUGCACUCGGGGCAGGCCAGCGGCGGACACUACUACUCUUAUAUCAUGCAGCGGCACUGUAAUGGCAGCGACGGACAGAAGGACCGCUGGUACAAGUUUGACGACGGCGACGUGACGGAGUGUAAGAUGGACGAUGACGAGGAGAUGAAGAACCAGUGCUUCGGUGGAGAGUACAUGGGCGAGGUGUUCGACCACAUGAUGAAGCGCAUGUCGUACCGGCGGCAGAAGCGCUGGUGGAAUGCCUACAUUCUGUUCUACGAGCGCAUGGACGCAGCAGGGGGCGACGGAGAGCUGCUGAAGUACAUCUCCGAGCUGACGCUCACGCCCCGGACGAACCAGCCUAAAAUGCCCUUGGCCAUCGAGGCCAGCGUUCGCAAACAGAACGUGCAGUUCAUGCACAGCCGCAUGCAGUACAGCCUCGAGUACUUUCAGUUCGUUAAGAAACUGCUGACCUGCAACAGCGUCUACCUGAACCCUCCUCCAGGUCAAGAUCAUCUUUUACCAGAAGCUGAAGAAAUAGCGAUGAUUAGUAUACAGCUUGCUGCUAGGUUUCUGUUCAGCACUGGAUUCCACACAAAGAAAGUUGUUCGAGGGCCUGCUACUGACUGGUAUGAUGCCCUGUGCAUCCUAUUGCGUCACAGCAAGAACGUCCGCAGCUGGUUUGCACACAACGUCCUCUUUGCAUUCCCCACGCGCUUCUCGGAGUACUUGCUGGAGUGUCCGAGUGCGGAGGUGCGCGGAGCUUUUGCCAAACUGAUGGUGUUCAUCGCACACUUUUCCCUGCAGGACGGACCCUGCCCUGCUCCGGUCACCUCGCCCGGCUCGUCCACACAGGCCUGUGACGGUGUGACCCUGAGUGACCAUCUGUUGCAUUCGGUGCUGAACUUACUGAGAAGAGAAGUGUCCGAGCACGGCCGGCACCUCCAGCAGUACUUCAACCUCUUCGUCAUGUACGCCAAUCUGGGUCUGACAGAAAAGACACAGCUGCUGAAGCUGAGCGUUCCAGUCACGUUCAUGCUGGUGGCGCUGGACGAGGGUCCCGGGCCUCCCAUCAAGUAUCAGUACGCAGAGCUCGGCAAACUGUACGCGGUGGUGUCGCAGCUGGUGCGCUGCUGUGACGUGUCGCCACGCAUGCAGUCCUCCAUUAACGGUAACCCACCUCUGGCCAAUCCAUACGGCGACCCCAGCCUCACGGCUCCCAUCAUGCCCCUGCAGCAGCUGGUGACCGAAAUCCUGUUUGUGCGCACCAGCUACGUGAAGAAGAUCAUCGAGGACUGCAGCACUUCUGAGGAGACGGUGAAGCUGCUGCGCUUCUGCUGCUGGGAGAACCCACAGUUCUCCUCCACGGUCCUCAGCGAGCUGCUCUGGCAGGUGGCGUAUUCCUACACCUAUGAGCUGAGGCCUUACCUGGAUCUCCUGCUGCAGAUCCUCCUGAUUGAGGACUCGUGGCAGACGCACCGGAUCCACAAUGUUUUGAAGGGCAUUCCCGAUGACCGAGACGGGCUCUUUGACACCAUCCAGCGCUCCAAGAACCAUUAUCAGAAACGGGCCUAUCAGUGCAUUAAAUGCAUGGUGGCCCUCUUCACCAACUGCUCUGUGGCUCAUCAGAUCCUGCAGAGUAACGGGGAUCUGAAGAGGAAGUGGACGUGGGCAGUAGAAUGGCUGGGUGAUGAGCUGGAGAGGAGGCCAUACACGGGAAACCCUCAGUACAGCUACAACAACUGGUCUCCUCCGGUUCAGAGCAACGAGACGUCCAACGGAUAUUUCCUGGAGCGCUCUCACAGCGCCCGCAUGACCCUGGCCAAGGCCUGCGAGCUCUGUCCUGAAGAGGAGCCAAAUGAUCAGGAAGCACCUGAUGAGCACGACUCGUCGCCGCCGGAGGACACUGCGCUCUAUCCUCAUUCUCCAGGAACGCAGUAUCAGCAGCCAAAUAACCAGCCCUACACCGGCCCGGCCGCCCAGCACAUGAAUAACCCACAGCGGCCCCAAGAAAGCUGGGAGGGAACCGACGAGGUCCCUCCAGUCCAGACUAAAGAGUAGCAGUCGCCCACGCCUUGCCUCGAGACCGCAUCCGCUCGCCUCCAGGACCGAGACCAGGCCUUACAGCCCCGGAGCGGAGCCGCACUCUCUGCCAGCGCCGACGGCCCUCUCCAUUCUCCAUCUGUCUGUGAUGAUGACCCUGGAGCGACGCGGGUGCCUGCAGAGUCUGGUGCGCAGACGCAGACGCAGUCUUGGUGUGAACCGUCGCUGUAGCGGAUGAUGCAUGUGUGCAAACCUCUGGACCCCCUCCAGCUCCAUCAUCUUCAUCAUCACCUGAGAAUACCUCAGCAGCCGAAUGAAGGGAAACCCGAGGCUUUGUGGUAUGCGUUUGCUGCGUCAGCGUGGACCGUUGCGGACAAACGCUGCAUCCUCAUGACUCUCCGUGGGGUCAACUCGGUGUCGCUCUACUGAUUUAGACGCCAUUGAAAGCUUUGAUUUGUGUUGUUGUUCUGUUAGGAGUGUGAUCUUCUGUUAGGGUCUUGAACACCACUGCUGCUGGCUCACUUUGUCGUCCAUCCGCUUCAGCCUCUUUAAUGUUGGUGUGGCAAAGUGGCUGCAGAUUGGCACAUUUACUCCACAGACUACAUUCUCUCUGGCACUCGAGUCCAUGUUUCAUUUGUAUUGUCAGCGGGCUGGAAAGUGUAAUAACUCGUCUUAUUUUCUCACUGUUGAAUGGAAUUUUAGUUCUAGCCCUAGUUCUGAGUCUGCCUCUUGGCUCCUCCCACUUCCUCUGUCCCCGUCCAAUGAAAACGCAGCCACGGCCACACUGCUCUGUAUCCGGGGAGAUCAUCAGGAUUCAUUCAUCAGCUGGAUUUAUAAAGUGUGGCUCUUGUCUGAAUACCAAAAUCACCAAAUUCUGUUUUGCCGUUUUCUUUAAUAGAGGUUAAUUUGUUGGAUUUGAGAAGAAAGAGUUUGAGCGUUUGAAUGCAAAGGCCUUGUCCUUGUGUUGUUAUUUUAAGAGGAUAUUUAAUGUACAGAGUUCUGUUUUUGCCGAGCGUAGUUUACGGCGUGAGGUUGGAUUCUGGAGCUGCUUUAGCCAUGUGAAGUUUUCACUUGAAGUCUUUCUUUUUCUGCACAGACGUGUAAUAACAGAAGCAUUGCACCACUAGAAACAAUAAAUUAAACAUUUAAACGCAAGCUUGACUUUUUAUUAGCUUUCCGAUGGUUUCUAUAAGAAGGUACGGUUUGUAAAUACCCGAAGCACGCAGAAACACUCGGGGCUGCGUUUAUCAAAAGCAUCGUAAGCCUAAAUUGAUCGCAGAACCAUUGUCACCAAUAGAGCUACGAUCAACUGAGGCUUAUGAUGCUUUUGAUAAACGCAGCCCAGACCUGAGACACACUCGUUGUGCUCGUUAAAGCGAUGUGUCCUGAAACAUCUGCCAAAACCCAUCCCAACAAAGACUGAACGGCCCUGGACUGGGUUGUGAGCGGGUUAAACCAUCUAAACUAGCACUGCAGGUCAUCCUUCUCUCAGAAUACAGAGAGGAUCUCACAAGCUUCGUUUUGUUUCUUCUUUUGUAAACCUCUCAUCAGGAUGACAUUUGCCUUCUGCUUUGUUUUUGCUCUUUCGGGUUUGAUUUUGUUUGAAUUCUGAAGCUCUUCUUGUGAACCGUGCAUGGAUAAUAUUCCUCGGCCUUCGAGCACUGUACAAACCCAGCACACUGUACAAUUAUACUUUAAAGGUAAAAAAUAAAUGGUAUUU